GAUAUAGAAGAAUAGGGACAACAACUCUUAUUGAUUGCAUCAUUAUCUCCUCCUUCAGUUUCUUCUGUCAUUAUCUCUCAAACUUCCAUCUCCAACUAUGGCUGAUGCACUACUUGCUGAUCUCGUAAAGCAGUUGGGUUCAAUCGCUUAUCAACAGGCUCUACAAGAGAUCCAGUUGCUCGUUGGCGUUGAUGAAGAAGUUGAAAAGCUCCAAGAAAAGCUCGGAAUCAUCCAGGCGGUGCUGGACGAUGCGGAGGAAAGACAUGCAGUGAAGAAUCGUACUGAGAAGGUUUUGUUAGAGCAGCUCAAAGACAAAUACUACGAGAUGGAUGACGUGUUGGACACCUGGAACACUGCAAGGAUCAAAUCAAAGAUUGAGAAAGAUGGUGACACUGCUGCCGUGAAGAAGAUGGUAUGCCCCUUCCCUUCUCCUUCAUGUUGUUUUAACCUUCCUCUUCGUCAUGACGUUGGUCGCAAGAUAAAAACACUGAAUGAAACAUUAGAUAAUAUUCUCAAUAACAGAGAGAAGUAUGGGAUUGACUUGACAAGGCAAUUAACUAUAAAAAAUAAUGUAAAAAAAACUACAUCAGACGAUGUUGAUGAGUCCGAUAUUACUGGUCGUGAUGAGGACAUUAAAAAUCUACUGAGCAACCUAUUAGACAUGGGUAGUACUCAAGUAGAAACAUUUCCUCGUGUCAUCUCAUUAGUGGGCAUGGGGGGUAUAGGAAAAUCAACUCUAGCCCAACUAGCCUACAAUGAUCCUGAAGUGAAAGAACAUUUUCAAAAAAGAAUGUGGGUCUGUGUCUCCAAUCCUUUUGAUCAGAUAACGGUUGCCAAGGCAAUCAUUCAGGAGAUUGACCCUAAACAUACAUCCCUUAAUUAUAUUACUGAAUUUCAAACUCUAUCGAAUGAAAUUCGUGCUUUGAUUGAGGGAAAAAGGUUCUUUCUUGUCUUAGAUGAUGUGUGGACUGAUGAUCCCAGUGAUUGGGAACCAUUCAGAAAUAAACUCAAAUAUGGUGCCCAAGGCAGUAGAAUUUUAGUAACCACACGUAAUAACAAUGUUGCGAAGAUGAUGGGUGGUGAUAGGCCCCACAUUGUCAAUUUGGGGAUCUUGUCUGAUGAGGAUUGCUGGUUGAUGUUAAGUAAAAAGGCGUUUUCUAAUGAGGAUCAAGAGCAAUGUAAGGAUCUAGAAAACCUAGGCAAACAACUAGCACAUAAGUGCAAUGGCUUGCCACUUGCUGCAAAGAUUCUAGGGAGUCACAUGCGUGGCAAGAGAGAGGAGGAAGAGUGGGUCAAAGUUUUGCAGAGUGAUUUGUGGAAAUUAGAAAAAAUUGAAGAAACUCUUUUAGGACCAUUGUUGUUGAGUUAUUAUGAAUUGUCCUUAGAAGAGAAAAAAUGUCUGUUAUACUGUGUUGUCUUUCCAAAAGAUCAUCUUUUUGAUAGAUUUGAGUUAAUCAUCCAUUGGAUGGCACAGGGAUAUAUUCCCUCAGAAGUUGAUACGGAAAUGGAAGACAAAGCAGAACAUUACUUUGAAAAUUUAGCCAUGCACUCUUUUUUUCAAGAUUUUGACAGGGAUGAAAAAGAUCGUAGAAUUGUACGUUGCAAAAUGCAUGAUAUUGUGCAUGAAUUUGUAAAGUCAAUGACAAAAGAUGUAUGCUUCACAAUCAACAGUGAUGAGAAGGAUGAGAAAGAUGUUAAAAGGGCUUCCCAGCUGUCGUUAGUAGUUAAAAAAACAGUUCCUAAUUAUCUCGCUAAUGUGAAAAGUCUACGCCUCCUCAAUUUGACUGUUUGUUCUUCUCAAACUGUCCCACCCAAGUUAUUUGAGAAUUUCACUUGUCUACGGUCAUUGCAUUUGAAAGGUGAAUCCAUAAUGAAACUUCCAAAGGAGUUGGAAAAUUUGAUACAUUUAAGAUACCUCAAGUUAUCUUGUUGUAUUACAGAAUUGCCAGAAGCGAUAUGUCAUUUUUGUAAUUUACAAAGUUUGGAUGUUAGUGAGUGUAGUAAACUUAAGAAAUUACCACAGGGGAUGGAUAAACUACUUAGCUUAAGAUAUCUUCUUCUUCUUUCUAACGAAUCUAUUGCAUUUCCAAAAGGGAUUGGCAAAUUGACAUGUCUUAGAACAUUAAGUGAUUUCAACAUAGGUGGUAAGGAUGAUAAGGAAGGAUGUAAACUUGAAGAAUUAAAAAAUUUGAAUCAGCUUCGAGAGACUCUUCGAAUUCAUGGGUUGGGAAAUCUGGUAGAGGUUGGUGAGGCUGAGAAUGUACAGUUGAAGAUGAAGACUUAUUUGCGUGGUUUGGAGCUAGAUUUUGGCUACCUAAGUAAAUGUGGGGAGGAAGAAGAAAGACAGAGAAUGGAGAAUGAUGUAUUAGUUUUGAAUGCCUUAGAGUUACCUCCUAGCUUGAAAAAUUUAACAGUUAGGUUCUACAUGGGCAGCACCAUGAGUCCCAAUCAGAUGAUGUCAUUGACCACAUUGAAAAAGCUUGUUCUUGUUAACUGCUAUAAACUGAAGUGUUUGCCUCCUUUGGGGAAGCUGAAGUCCCUCGAAUCAUUAGAGAUAGUGGCAGCAAAUAAUGUUCAAAAGGUGGGAGAUGAAUUUUUGGGAAUUGAAGAAUCUAAAAACAAGAAAGAAAACGACAUCAUAUUCUCAAACCUGAAAUCGCUCCAAUUUGAGGAUUUGGACAACUGGGAAGAAUGGAUGGGAGAAAUUAGAGAAGAAACUAUAAUGCCAAGUCUUAAUUUCUUGUCAAUUACAGGUUGCUGUAAGCUAAAGUCACUGCCAAUCUUCCUUCCCAAAAUUCCAUCAUUACAGGAAUUGCAGAUCGAAAGGAGUCCAAUUCUCGAGCAACGUUGCAAACCAAGGAAAUGAUUGGUUUGCAAAGUUGAACUGACCCAAGAUUUCUCAGAUUUCCUUUCAGACAUGGACUGACCCAAGAUUUCUCACAUCCCAGAGUCUGAAAGUUACAUCUUGGUUCAGACAUUCCAAGCCUUGUUGAUUCAAACGAUUCCUCACAUCCCCAAAUUCAUCAUUGAUUGGUUGUUCUUACAUAAAAGUGACGUUCAGAAUGUAUUCCACAAGUAGAGAUUUUGUUAACGAUGAUGCUGCAAUAGGAAAGGGAAAUAAAGUAUCUUCUAUUGAUGUUUGGAAUGGUUUGAGCUCUCUUCAGAACCUGAAGGAAACACAAUCCUCUUUUGUCCAGAUUUGGCUAGCCACACUCUCUGGUGAAUUAAUUUAAAUGGUGGAAGAGCUCAACAUAAGGAUGAUGAUCUUCACACCAUCACGACAAUACUCCAGACCUUCGAUAUUGUUGUGGCAACUGGAAAUGAUGUUUACUUAACAAGAUGAGAUGGAACUUGGAAAGGGGCCUCUGUGAUUUUUUAGUAAAUGAGGAGCCAUGGUCUUUGAGUUGCAAUUGCAGGAACAUCGAAUGAUGAGGACAUGCCAGUACUGCUCAUGCCAUACUCGACUUCUGAAAUUUGAUGAAGGCUCAACAAGAUAUUCAUGCAGCCCAUAUUAACUCAAAAGGCAUUGAGAAUGGUAUCAGUCAUGUGAGUUAAUGGGCCACUACAGUGGAAAUUUGGAGGACUACCAUUAAAGUUGUUGUGGCUCGAUUUCGUAAAAUCAUUGACAAUGUCACAUCAAUUGGAACUCCGGUACUCUGUAUGCUUUAAUUGAUUUGUUAACUACAGGUCAUAUCUAACUCAUCUGAAUAUAAUCUCAAUCUGGUAUUAGAAACAGCAUAAGACUAGAAGAUUAACACAAACCGUUUAUCAGGAAGGAAGAUCAAGAUCAAUCUCAAAGAAAACAACCCAUUUGGCUGGUCAUGGAUUCAGCUGUGGAAAUAAAUAAGCAUGAGCCUGAAUCUUCCAGGCUCAUGAGAGAUUGACUCUCAAAAUAUGCCUCCAACAAAUGCAUGUGCAAAACUCCACUCAAACUUCAUGCAAGGAUGAUAGAAAGCCCAUAGAAACUGACAAUGGCAAACAGAAUGGCGAGGCAGCUAUACCAGAUGCUUGGGUGUGGCAAAUCAAAGAUCAGCUCAUCAGGGCUUAUUUACUUCUCCCUGCCAAAAGAAACAAUCCCCACAUAUAAAGGAAGUUUGGCAAGAACUUGGGGAUAUAAGCAAAGAUCCUAAACAGCCAAAGAAGUGACUCAGACCACAGAUGAGGAUCAUUAAGCUAGUUGCAAACAGUUAUAAGCAUGGAAAAUGGUGUUGUGCGUGUUGAACUUUAUAGCGACAGUGACUUCAAAAAUUGGGUAUUAGUUUCAUCAUUUGAAGCCUUAAUGUCUCCGUUUCCUCCUCAUCAUUAGGCAUUCAUUGAAGUUUAAAACUAUUGGAGAAGCACAGUUUUAUACUGGUGAAAAUUGUUGAGCAAGGAUGUACCUCAAAUAGCCAUGUCUUACAUUCUGGUGCAAGAUAUAUUUGCAUGUCAUGGAUGUCAAGAAGAAAUAAGGUCAACCAGUGACACAUGAAUUGGAAACUAGGCAAUUGGCGUUUUGCAUAUCUGUGAGAGAAGUGCUAGUGUGUUAAUAUGUUCAAUCAGCCAGUGGUAUAUGAAUGCUUUGGUUCAUCAUCCAUUGGUGAUUCUCCAAACAAUUUGGGAGGCUAUUAGCUACAUGAUGACACGGGGCAUUCAAUCAGCCAUUAUUCUUACAGGAGAUAUCUAGAGUCCAGGCAAGCAGUUGAAUGACUGGAAUUCUGUCUUAUGCUGAAAUAUUCAUUCCUUGAAAGUCAGAACUAUUGCUUGCAAGUUAGCUUGGGCUGCCUUCAUUUAUCAUAUAUGGCUUCAAGGCAAUGCUGUGUUCGCAAGAUGUUGGGCUUCUUAUCCCCUACCUUGCAAAUCUGCCUCCAAGAAAUAAUGUGUGCAAAACCCCACUCAAACAUUAUGCAAGGUUGAUAGAAAGAGCCCAUAGAAACUGAUAAUGGCAAACAGAAUGGCGAGGCAGCUAUACCAGAUGCUUGGGUGCAGCAAAUUAAAGAUCAGAUCAUCGGCACUUCUUUAUUUCUCCCAGCCAGAAGAGACAAUCCCCACAUUACAAGGAAUUUUGGAAAGAACAUGGGGAUAUGAACAAAGAUUCUAAACUGCCAAUGAAUUCAUUGGCCAAAGUGUUUGCUGAGAUUGCCCUCAGGCAACCACUUAUUUGCAAAGUACCUGAAAUUGAACCAUAUGAAACUUUGGGGUUUUGGUACUGCAUAUCUCAUCAAAUACAGUUAAAACCUAUUGGAGAAGCACAGUUUUAUGUUGGUGAAAAUUGUUAAGCAAGGAUGCACCUCAGAUAGCCAUGUCUUACAUUCUGGUGCAAGAUAUAUUUGAUAAGCUCCAUCAGUUGCAAAGCUUCAUAUGUUGGAAUAACAAAGCUCCCUUCCUCUCUGCCCUAUAUCAUUUACCUUGUCCAUAAAUUUUUAUACCAAGUUCAUAGAUGCAACUAUGCUGAGCGAUGAGGCUCCAUUCAGCAUUGUGAAUGUAGCUUGUCAUGGAUGUCAAGAUGAAAUGAGGUCAACGAGUGAUACACAUGAAUGGGAAACUAGGCAAUUGGCGUUAUGCAUAUCUGUGAGAGAAGUGCUAGUGUGUUAAUAAUGUUCAAUCAGCCAGUGUGGUAUAUGAAUGCCUUGGUUCAUUCCUGGGUGAUUGUCCAAACAAUUUGGGAGGCACUUAGCUGUCUGAUGACACAGGGCAUUCAAUCAGUCAUUCUUACCAGUACUUGAGCUGUUGGCACCUUAUUAGAGUUGGGUCAGUGUAAGGCAAGCAGGGACUUGUGUGCUGUGACAAAGGAUCUUGGCAGUUUGCACAUCCCUUUCAGAGUUCUCACAUUCUUUCCUGGUUCAUCAUCGAGCUUGAAACUGGUCAGGUUGCCGAUUGUGCAGCCACAUCUUUAUACUCAUGGCCUGAAGUAGUAAAGCAGCACAUCAAAAUAUAUGAAGGAAAAUCUAAUUAGGGACUGUACAUUGUAUUUACAUUUUUCGUGCCAUUCUCAUACUAUUUUUAAUAUAUUUUUCAUGGGUAUCAUUUUCAUAACUAAGAUACAUUAUAUUUAUACAAAAUAUAUCACAGCACGAAGAGUGAUAUUGAUCUACA